GUAGCUUAUGUCAUUCAAGAGUAAAAUGAAAGAGGGGGACAGGAACGACAUGAUUUUUGACGGCCACAGGAAGAUUCGGUACACUUGACUUGAAUCGGAUCUAAUCGCAGAAAAUCCUAAUGUAAACACUGAGUCCACUUUCAAGACGAAGCGGUUCCGAAGAGUUCGGGUGUGAGACCUGUUCACAGAUCUGUCAUGAAGAAGCGAGCACAGGAUUUAUAAUAAGCCCUUUGCAUGAUUUCUAUCGUUUCCUCCUUCACUCUUAAAAUAUAACAGGAUGCUGCGUAAGUUUAAUUCAGAGGGUGCGUUGUUGGAUCUGGACUACUCGACACGGCGGCAAGAGGAUGAAGAUGGCACCAUGGACAUGUCAGAGGAUGAGAUGGAUGGCGCUCCAGCAUCCUAUCCUUGCACCCCGGACCCAAAGUCAGGGAGUGCUGGCAAAACUCUUAAAGGAGAACUCAAACGAGAUCAAAGCAUCAGUAUGGAAAACCUCAGUGGCUUGGAGAAGGACUCUGGUUUCUUGAAAGUCACAAAUUUAAACGAUAGCUUUAAAGCCUACAGCGACAGUCAGAUCACCUCUAAUGCCAAAGGCAGCUUUGAGAGUGUGGAAAAGUGUCCCAACCAUUCCAGCUCACAAUCAGUCACAUCCAAAUCCAGAAGUUUGUCACCAAGACCUCCACAUUAUCACCGCCAACAAGCUCGGGCCAAAUUAGCAGCUGCUAAAUUGCAUAUUAAAAGUCUGUUUGGACAGAGUUCACCACAAGCCUCACAUUCGAAUCUGACAAGCGCAGAACACAGGGAAAACAUAAGCAGUGCGAAGGAAAGGCGUUCGCGAAUGCCUUUCCUGAGACAGUGGAGUCAGGUGGGACAUAGCAAAGCUCAGCUCAGCAGGAAAGAGAUGGAACAUUGGGCCACAUCGCUUGAUGCUUUGAUGAGCAGCAGAGUGGGAGUUACGGUGUUUGAAGCGUUCCUGCGAUCUGAGUUCAGCGAUGAGAACCUGCAGUUCUACAUGGCCUGUGAGCAGUACAGACAAUCGUCCAAUAAAUUCAGCCUGCAGAGGCGGGCAAAAGCCAUUACUGAGACCUACAUUCAGCCGGGUGCUCCCAGAGAGGUAAAUCUUGACAGUAAAACGAGAGAACUGACAAAGGAGCUCCUAAAAGCCCCAUCACACACCUCUCUGUCCCACGCCCAGAAACGCAUCUACUGCCUCCUGGAAAUGGACUGUUACCCCCGUUUCCUUCAGUCGGAGAUCUACAUUACACUACUGAGGGAUUCAUACUAGAACAAAACUGGGCGGAGCCAAACCAACCAGGACGAGGUCGUCCUAAAAAAAACUUAAAAGACCUUGAGAAGAGAUACAAGGAGAGUUGGAAAGGAGAUAAGCGAACGUAAUGAAAAUAAUUUAUAAUAAAAAGUUAUCUUAACUACUGAGGAAUUUUUGGGUUGAAUGGCCUAUGAAAAGAGAGAAGUGAAUCUAUUUAGGAGGGGUGAUGUGACUGCUAUAAACUUGAAUGGAUGGUCUGAAAGGGUCACGUAAUGUAGGAGGUGCUAACUGUAAAUAUUUUAUACUAAAAGUUGAUUCAUUUUGGAGUUUUUACUUAUAUACUAGACAAAAACACUCAAUACGCAAAAAAUAAUAAUAAUAAUACUGUGUUGUUUCAAACCAUGGUGGGAUAAAAUUAAGAGCUUGUUUUCUUUUUCUUUUUUAAAUCUCAUUUUUGAUUGUGCAUUUAAAAUUGC